AUGGUACCUCCAUUCACAAUCGGGUUUUUUAACGGGAGGAGUGGAAAGAAAUUAGAAGAGUUUGUCUCUAAUUCUGCAAACAACUUAAUUACCAGAUUGCAAAAUAUGAAACGUGAAAUGGACGCUGAAAGCGAAAGAUUAAUGAGACUGAAGAACGAAGCCGUUAAAUCAGCACAAGAUAAAAUAAAAGCUGAAGCCAAGAAGGCCAAAGAUCAAAUCACACAGAAAGCUAAAGAAACUAAUCAAACUAUAAAGGAAAAAGUAGAAACACAAAUUGAGUCUGGUAGAGAAAAAUUAAAAGAAGUUACACCCAAAGCAAAAGAUAAGAAAAAAGAUUAA